AAAUUUUCAAUUAUAAAAGAUAUUGUUAAUACAUAAAUUAAUUUUCUUGAAAUUUUUAUUCUAUAUUGAUAAAAUGUAUUAAACAUUUUUAAAAUAAAUUUUAAUCACAGUUACUGAAAAUGCAUAUUAUUCUACUUAGAAAUAGGUAUUUUAAAAGUCCUCGUACGAUAGGUUGUGUUUUUUACUCUAUUGAUUUUAAAUAUGGAGAAAAUCAAAUAUUACCGCCAAAAUAUGAUCCAAAGUUUGUUGAAAUAUCUAAAAAUAUUUCUUCUCAUUGUACAAAAUCAAAACUUUCAAUUGCAUACUCUGACAUUUUUUCUAUGAUUCUACCACCACCUAACAUCACAGGAUCUUUACAUUUAGGGCAUGCACUCACCGCGACAGUUCAAGAUGUAAUUUCACGAUGGUAUAGAAUGAAUGGUGUGAAUGUAGUUUGGGUUCCUGGUACUGACCAUGCAGGUAUUGCUACUCAAGUAGUUGUAGAAAAAAAACUACAUGCCGAGAAAAAAGUUUCCAGGCAUGAUCUUGGUAGAGAUGCUUUUAAUAAUGAAAUUAUGAAAUGGAAAAAUGAAAAAAAGAGAGUGAUAAAAAAUCAGUUAGUAAAUCUUGGAGUCACUUUAAAUUGGGAUAGAGAAUUUUUCACAAUGGAUAAUAAACAAAAUAAAGCUGUUAAUGAAGCUAUUAUACGAUUAUUUGAUGAUCAACUUCUAUAUCGAAAGAAAUCACUAGUAAAUUGGUGUUGUACUUUACAGUCAACAGUUUCUGAUAUUGAGAUUGAUUAUCAAGAAAUACCAGGGAAAACUUACAUUGCGGUUCCUGGUUAUCAAAGCCCUGUUGAGUUUGGUGUAUUAACUGAUGUUGCUUAUAAAUUAUACAACUCAGAUCAAGAAAUAGUUGUAUCUACUACUAGACCAGAGACAAUCUUGGGAGAUGUAGCAUUAGCUGUACAUCCAGAAGAUGGUAAAUACAAAGGACUUAUUGGCACAUUAGUUUGGCAUCCUUUUAGAAAAUGUACGAUACCAAUUAUAGUUGAUAGUUCUGUUGAUAAGAAUUUUGGUACAGGUGUUGUAAAAGUAACACCUGCUCAUGACAUAUUUGACUAUGAAUUAGCAAUAAAACAUAAUUUACCAAUUAAAUCAGUAAUAGAUGAAUCCGGUAGAAUAAAUUUUGAAGAUCAAGAAUUUGAUGGUUUACCUAGAUAUGAAGCUAGAAAGGCAAUAAUUAAUCGUUUAAAAAAUAUGAAUCUUUUAAGAGGGUUUUGUGAUCACAAAAUGUUAAUACCUGUCUGUAGCCGCACAAGAGAUGUAAUUGAAUAUAUUCCAAAACUACAAUGGUUUAUUAAUUGUAAAAAUAUGGCUCAAAAAUCAUCAGUUGCUCUUCGAAAUAGGGACUUAGUCAUAGAACCUAAACACUAUCACAAUCAAUGGUUUUCAUGGCUUGAUAAUUCAAAAGAUUGGUGUGUAUCUAGACAGCUUUGGUGGGGUCAUAGAUUACCAUUGUUUGAAUCUAAAUAUGGUUGGAUUGCAGCACAUAGUGUUGAAGAAGCAUUAGAAAAACUAAAAAACAAAAUGCAAUUAUCUACUAAAGAAGUAAAUGAGUUAAAAAUUAAACAAGAUGAAGACGUAUUGGAUACUUGGUUUUCUUCAGCUUUACUUCCAUUUUCAUCAUUUGGAUGGCCAGAAAAGUCAGAAGAUUUCAAAAGGUAUUAUCCUUUAAGUGUUAUGGAAACAGGUCAUGAUAUUCUUACGUUUUGGGUAGCUCGAAUGGUUAUGUUAGGUCUGCAUUUGACAGGAUCACUUCCAUUUAAGAAAGUAAUUUUACAUGGUAUGAUUCGAGAUGCACAUGGUAGAAAGAUGUCUAAGAGUGUUGGUAAUGUUAUUGAACCUGAUGAUAUAAUUCAAGGUAUUUCAAUUAAAGACCUUCAAGAAAAAGUAAAAAUCAGUGCAAAAUCUGGUUUAAUAUCUGUUGGUGAAUUAGAAAAAGCAUUAGUAGGACAAAGAAAAAUGUUUCCCAAUGGUAUCAAAGAGUGUGGUACAGAUGCACUUAGAUUAACACUUGUUUCACACAACAUUAAAAACCAGGUGAUUCAUUUUGAUUUGAAUGAAUGUUAUCGUAAUCGUAUGUUCUGUAAUAAAAUUUGGCAAGCAUCUAGAUUUGUUUUGAUGUGGGCAAUUGAGAAAAGAGUUAUUGAAUAUGAUUCUCCUAAGCCCAUAACAGUUACACAACAAUGGAUACUGAGUAGAUUAGCUGAUACCGUGUUACAAUCGAAUGCUAAACUUAAGAACUAUGAUAUAUAUAUAGCUACUACCAAAAUUAGAAAAUUUUUUUAUAAUGACUUUUGUGAUAUUUUUCUGGAAAUGUGCAAGCCAACUUUUCAGUAUGGUUCAGAGUUAGAAAUUAAAACAGCUUGUGAAGUAUUGCUUUAUACUUUAGAUACUUCUUUUAGACUAAUACACCCUAUAAUGCCAUUUUUAACAAAAACUCUAUACAAUUUUCUACCUGGUAAACAAGGAAAAUAUUUAGAAUAUCCUAAAAGUAGUGAGUAUGCAGAUUGGUGUGAUAAAAAAUUAGAUGAUGAAAUGAUUAUAGUUAAGGAUGUAAUAACAGCAAUCAGAAGGGUACGAUCUAUUAAUAAUUUCAAUAAAGAUCAAUCUGAAAUUAUUUUGAUUACAAAACAUCAAGAGUUACUAAAAAAGUUUGAAGAUAUUAUUCAAAAUCUAUGUGGUUCAAAGUCUUUGUGUUUCAUGAACAAAAAUGAAAUUUAUAAUAUUCAAUCAAUUACUGAUUUUGUUGAGGAUCAUACAGAAAUUCAUCUUCUACUUAAAGGAAAUAGUCUAGAAUAUAAAAAGUAUUAUAGUUUAUUAAAUUUAAGGAGACAACGACUUGACAAACAAAUUGCCAAAGCUGAAAAAACUUUUUUUAAUGAAAAUUGUGGUAAGUUUAAAAUAUGCGAAGAUCAAGAAACAAGAGAUAAUAAGUUGUAUUCACUGAAAAAAGAACUUGAAAGAGUAAAUAUGUAUAUAAAUACUUUAAAAAAUAAAAAAAAAAUAGAAGAAUAUGAAGUUUAAUGAAACAUGUUGUAUAUCUUUGAUAAAACAACAAUUUAAUAAAUUGACUUAUAAAUUCACUAAU